AUGCGCGGACGGCAAAAUGCCAAAACCUUGGAGUACUGGCCUUUCACCCUUAAGAGCUUCGUCGAUUGGUUCUUUGAUGGCGUCCUUGUCACCAUGUUGCCCUCCAUCCUCCAGCAUGGGAUCACAUGGAUAGGCAGGACACGAACUGGGAAGUCGCUUGGGUCCAAGACCAUUCUCUUCGCCCAGUCCAAGUUUGAGAUCGACCGGGAUGAGCGUGAGGAUUUGGUGCCCUCCAUUGUCACAGCCAAACACUUGGAUUUCUUCAAAGCGGAACCCAUUACCAAGUAUAAGCCCGGCGUCUUCGAUGAUGGCAUGCUCCAGAAAAUGGAUGCCUCAUUCCUCAAAGCUUUCCUCAACCCAUCUGAAGAAGAUGCGACAGUGUGGGCGCGGUACUCAUCUGCCCAAUUUGACCAGGGUGCAGGCAGACAGGCGUGCAACAACCCCUAUGACAAAGCCGUGGACGACAAAGUCUAUGCAGACAUGAAGGCAAAGAAGAUGUGGACUAUCCCCCAUUCUGACUUCAUGAACCUCAUUCAGCCCUCCUUCAGCGGUGUCGAUGACAUGGAGGAUAUGAAUGCGAUCCUCGCCCGGACCCACAUCAUUGUCAUUACAGACUUGCUCGCGCCAUCUCAGAAGCCCAUCUUUGAAGCUUACAAGCGGGACCCUCACAAGCACACUUUGCCUCCCAAUUUCAUUGAGGACUCCAUCUGGUCCCAGACCCUGUUGAAGAAGCUGUUCAAUGGGGAGACCAUUCCAAGUGAUAUUGGCUCUGACAAUGGAUUCCCUGCUGUUGGUGAGACAGAGGACCUCGAGCAGGAGCUUGCCCACAUCUUGGAUAACAUGGAUGACUUCCCUGACAACACAGAGAUUCAGCCCUCUGAUGAGCCCAGUCACUUCACUGGCAUAAAGCUUGUCGAAGGCUUCGUCAUUGAGUAUGACAAUGAUGUCCUCACUCACUUGAGCAUGGGGGGCUUGUAUGACUACCUGCAGCAAGAGGGCCGCACUAUCUUUGCCUUGCAGAAAGUCAACCACGAUGACCUUAUCACCUCCCCGACUUUGACCCAACAGGUUGUGAAGGAAAUCUCACCCACAAGUUUGCACUUCCCGCAACUUCGCACCAGCUACGGCCACAACUACAAGUGGGAGAAUGGCAAGAAGAUCAACACCAUUGGCAUCCAACAGUUAGGCAACAGUGUGCUGUUUGUCAACUCCAAGAAGGCGUUCACUCUGAACUUCUUGAAGUGCCAUGAAGAGCUAAUGUUUUGCGGUCACGUGAGCGCGCUCGCGGUGGAGCAUGCGUACUUCGCAACCCACAGCCCACACAUGUCCAGUGAGAAUGACAUUAUCGUGGACUUCCGCAAGCUCUAUCACACGGGUCUGUUCUACUACCUUGCAUUGAAAGAGUUCCAACCUCUCGAUCGCCACCUUUCCAUUGUCAUAGAUGAUGAAGUCCCUGACAACACGAUUGAGCUGUACGAUGCCUACUGCCACGGGACCCUCUUUCCUCCUAUGAACAAGCAAAAGGUCAAGAUCGUGGUAGGGGAUGGCAACAUGCGCCUCAACAUGUUGUGCCAGGAGGGCCCUAAAAGGAGGACUGGCCGACCUCGUGCAGGGCGAGCAAGCGUUGGCAAACAUGCCAACGGGUGGUUCAUGGUGUGCGACCCCUCCACGGGCAAGAUCCUAGGCUUGCGUGUAAUGAAGGAGCCAGAGAACACCCAGCACGUGCUCCAAAUGCUUGAUGCAGUGGUGUGGCUGUACCCGAAGCUGAACACCUUUGUCUACGAUCGGGCUUGCUCCAUUGUCCGCGCUGCUCAUGAGGAAGACAGCCUUGGGCAAAUCGAGCACUACAUCGUGGAUUGGUUCCACGCCUACCGCCACAACAGCAAGUGCAAAUGCAACCCCAGAAAGGUUCGGAAGCUUGGCAAGAUCGUCAAGAAUGUCAACACAAGCAUUUGCGAACAGAUAUUCUCUUGGUUUCGCCACUACUCUACAGCCUUCAACGAGCUCCGCACCAACAGGCACAAGUUUGUGAUGCUGUACAUGGCAAAGCGCCACAACCUCGCCGUGGAAGCCAACCAGGCACAGUAUCUUCGCCCAGAUCCUCGUAAGAGCCUCGCUUCUAAGUCUUGCACCUGUGGUAGCAAGAAGGCCAUGAAGGGCAGGAAGCUCAUGAAGGCAAUGAGGGUCAUGAAGGCCAUGAAGAAGUAG